AUGUCGAAUCCAGACCCAGAACCAGAUCCAUCUUAUACAGUAUUCAUAAGAUUACCAUUCCCACGUGGUGAUUUUGUUGAUCCUCCAGAUGUGGAAUGGGAUGCAGCAAAGGAUAAGGCGUUAUGGAAGAUACUGUCCAAAGCUUCUAAGAAUAGUGAUAUUGAUUGGACUGCAUUAGCUACGAAAUUCGAAGUUACCCUUGCAUUCCUUCUUCAACAAGCAGCAUGGCUUUACGAACGACAACUUUCGCAAGUUCGCGCGCAGAUGAGAAAGGUGACGGUAUCGAAAGGUUCUUUGGCUCCGUCACCAGUUCCAGGCAGUACAUCGGAAACAGUAGGUGGUGAAGGAAUGAAGAGGACAGGAUCUGGAGGUGGAGGUCCAAGGAUUCAAUCCUCCCUAUCGAAUAGAAAAGAUGUCUCUCUGUCGAAGAUUGAUGGGAGCGUACCAAAUACACCGAACCGCACAAUGGCUCCACCGUUUUCCCGCACCUCGUCUCGGGAAACAACAGUACAAUCCCGUACAUUCGUACCAACAAGUCCACGACCAAGCCAUGCGACCACAAAUCGACGAUCGCUCUCUCCAAAACCACAAUCACGACCGGCUUCAAUGGCAAUCGACCAUCCACCCCGAAACUCCCCCCAACAAACACAACUUUCCUCGCCCUCCGACUCUUCUGAUGACGAUGCGCUACCACUGCAAUCAAGACUUCUCCGCCGACGCUUCCCCUCCAUCAAGAAAACAGCCGAAGGUCCCUCAUCUGACGACGAUGGACCCGCCUUUCUUCCCACACCCCACGAUCCAUCUGCCACCCUCCGUGGAGACCCCCGCAAUAUGUCACGACGCACACCACUCCACCCCAGGAAACCAGUCCCAAUCGAAUCACAAACUUCAGAUUCCUCUACGAGUUCCACGGCCCAAAUUGUCAACAAAAGAUACGACUCUGUAAGCGUUGCCGGGAGACGACCACCCGCCGGUCCAUUGAGUCCGCGCCGAACCACCGAGUUACAAAGUGAGAGAAGUGAUGGAGGAACACCAAACGCAUCCGUAACACAAAGUGCACUAGAAGAGGCACUCGCGAGUAACAUGCAAGCAGGUGGCAUGGCUAGUAGAAUGAGUACCAUUAGUCAAGCUCUACGGAGUAGAUAUCUCUAA